CCCCAGGUUGUUCCAGCCCCACGUUGACGGUGUGCGUAGAUCCGCUCUCCAUCCGACCCCAGAGCCUGCAAAGGGAACCAGGACACCAACAGUGACUCCGUUUCAGUCUUCAUCAGCAGCCACAGAGAUACAGCAGUGAAGGCUGGGAGAUUUUAAGGCUUUUUUUGCAGGAUUUAGACAUGAUGAUCCCCAUGGAUCCAUUCCAAAUCUGGAUAUUUGAUGACUCCACAGUUCUAUGAUAUCACGGUUCUAUGAUUCCUGCUCUUUUAGGCAAUGAAAGAGAUGGAAAAUCUUCUGGAAGGGGUGAAAAACCCUCUUUAAGAGAUGGAAAUUGUUCUCUACAGAUCAACCGAGCCAACGUUUCCUCUUGCAAAUAUUAUACUACGUGAGAGAGACCGACUCAGAAAUGCACUGCGAUUGCAUACGGAUGUUCAGGGCUUUUGAUAUCAAGGCAAAGUUUCCCAAACUUGAGUUUCUAUUUGCUGAAGGGUGGAAAUUGGGUCAUUAAAACCUGCUUCACUCAUUUCUCUUUAAGACAUCGGAUACGGAUCCACUGGAUUAGGAAACCCAUAGGAUGAGUCGGGUUGGAAGAGACGAUCAUCCCCUUCCAACCACAAUGGAAUGAAUGUAAAGCGAUGCUGAUCAUGAAUGGGUUGGGAUCCCGGGAUGGUGCAGAUGGAUUCCCAGGGAGAUUCCUUCCCCCUGAGCUUCAUUCACACUUGGGGAUCCCAGCUGCUUCUUGGGCUCCAUCCCAUUGCCCCACACCUGAGCACCGCGCUGAGGAUGUUCUCCGUGUCACCCAGCACCUAAAGAGCAUCAAUGGGAAAUUUCAGCACCUCCGAGAGCUCUUCCAAAAAGAUGAAGAUAUUUCGGGCCCUAUUGAAGCCAAACUGUCAGACCUCCUGCAUGCCAUCUCCUCCUUCCUGAACACCUAUCCUGCAGUGACAGGGGAUGCCAUCCAGUUGGCCAUAGCCACCCUCAUCGCCAACAUCAAUGGUCUCGACCAUCAAGAAAGGGCACCUGAAAACAAGAAGCGCUACAGUGAGAUAUUCCGCAGCCUGGACGCCAUAGAAAUCUCAAUUGGAAAUGCGACAGUGGACAUGUUCAUUGGGGACGCUGAUGGCACUGGAGAUGCAGAGCUGUCCAUGGAAAGGGAGGUCAUUGAGCCAAGUGAAGGUCUCCCCAAGAGCAAAAGCAGCUCAGAGAGACAAACACAGGGAGAACUAACAGUGGAGGAGGCAGACGAGAUGCUGAUAAGAUGCGAAGGAGGCAUUGAUGCAGCCCUGGAGUACGCCAAAAUGUGGUGUAAAUACGUCAAAGAGCUCCUCAACUGGAUCGAGAAACGCCUGAAUUACGAGACAGAGUUUGCCAAAGGGAUCAUGAAGAUAGCGGAGUCGGGACGGAACGCCAUCAUCCACCAGUCCAGUAUGCCUCUUCGGGUGCUCUACACCAUGGUCUUGGAGCACGAUAUCAAGAUUGGAAAUACAGCCAUUGAGACAGUGGGGUUGCUUCAACAGAAGGAAUUCUACCAGCCUCUGUCAGCCAAGAAGAAUGAGAUCGAGAAGUGGAGGAAAGAGUUCAAAGACCAAUGGACGAAGGAGCAGAAGAGGAUGAACGAAUCCCUGUCCUCGCUACGUAAAUCCCGCCUGCAAUACAUCCAGCGCUGCGAGGAGAUGGAGAAAGCCAAGCAGCUGAGUGCAAAGGCAGAGGAUGAGUACCAGAACUCGGCCGUCAUCAGCCCCAGCAGCGCCAUCAAGCAGCUGGAGAAGAGACGGCGCUCCUGCGAGGAGGCACAAGCCAAGGUUCAGGAAGCAGAAGCUUUUUACAAGCUGUGCAUCAACGAUGCCAACUUCCGACGACAGGAGCUGGAGAAGGUGCGGGCACGGAUCGUCUCCCAUGUCCGGAAGCUCAUUUACCAAGGAGAUGAGGUGCUGACGUGGGUCACGUUGAGGAUGUUCAAGCAGAGGCAGACUCAGUCAGAAUGGAUUCCAGUGGGAUACCAGCACCUGUCUGAGGUCUGCAAACCAUACAGAGUAGGUGAGAAAUACCUGGAGUUCAUCCGGGCUCUGCAGAAGAAAGACAUUCCCAUGGAGCACUAUGAAUUCGAGCCGCUCUCUUCUGGAGGACAGAGGUCUCCUCCCAGCAACAAAAAGAAGACACCAAUGAAUUAUCCGGGCUGCAGCAAGGAUGGGAGCACCCCAGAAGAUACACCCAGAAGGCAGCUCUCCCCUAAUGGUGAACAGAGUGUGAACAAACCCCUGUGCAGUGACACGGAGAGCCUCGGUGGGAGCUGUGAGUCACGAUCCUUGGACUCUCCCAGCUCCAGUCCAGGAAACUCCACCAGGAAACUACUGAAAGCUUCAUCCACGGGCACCAUGUCCUCCUCUGAUGACUUUGAAGAGAGAGAUUCAUUGCAGACGUCUGAGAAUGAAAACGGUGCAUCCCAGCAGCAGUUCAGGAAUGCUCUCCUCUCCAGCGCGGCACAGACCCAUCGACUCAGGAAAUUAAGGGGACCAACCAAGUGUAGAGAGUGUGACACCUUCAUGGUCAACGGCUUCGAGUGUGAGGAGUGCUACCUGACCUGUCACAAGAAGUGUCUGGAGAACCUGCUGAUCACCUGCGGCCACAAGAAGCUGCCCAACAGGGCUCCUCUCUUUGGCAUUGACUUCACCCAAGUUCCUCGAGACUUCCCUGAGGAGGUUCCCUUCAUCGUGGUGAAGUGCACCUCUGAAAUCGAAGCUCGUGCGCUGGGAGUGCAGGGGAUCUAUAGGAUAAGUGGGUCCAAAGCCCGGGUGGAAAAGCUGUGCCAAGCGUUUGAGAAUGGCAGGAGCCUGGUGGAGCUCUCUGAGCAUUCCCCCCACGACAUCACUGGUGUCCUGAAGCAUUUCCUAAAGGAACUUUCAGGACCCAUUCUGUUGUACCAGCUCUAUGACAACCUCAUUGCCCUUGCCAAGGAGCUGCAAAAAGCCGGGGAAGAAAAGAUGGAUGACAUGAGUUUCCCCUCAGAUCCCAUCCAGAGCAUGAAAGACUUGCUGAGCAAAUUGCCUGGGAGCAACUACAACACACUGCGGCAUCUCAUCGCACACCUGUACAGGGUGGCAGAGAAGUAUGAAGAGAACAAGAUGUCCCCAAACAACCUGGGCAUCGUAUUUGGCCCCACUUUGAUCCGUCCAGGCUCAGGAAGCGACGUCUCCAUGUCCUGCCUUGUUGACUCUGGGUAUCAAGCCCAAAUUGUGGAGUUUCUCAUCCAGAACUACGAGAGGGUGUUUGGGAUGGAGGACCUGCCCUCAUCCUUAUACCUCGGGUGUGAAAACCCUUUGCAAGAAGCAUCGACAGAGAAGGAUGAAGGACACCAGAGCCCAAAAACAGCCCAGAAUAUAACCCUAGAGAAUCCCUCCUCCAAAUGCAGUUCCAGUGUGGACGACGGGUCUGAUAUCUCAUCUUCUGGAGAGGCCAUGGAUGGGUUCGUGUUGGAAGGUGCCCACAGCUCCGAGGGUGGAGAGGUGAAUGCGAGCAUUGGAUCUGAGCUGGAGGACCUGGAGGAGAAGGCAGGCAGCGAUUCAGAGCCAGUCUUUGGGACUCAACCACGGGGCCAUUUCAGCCGUCAGCCCGUGAAAUACAUCCGAGCUCAGCCAAAAACACGACCACACAUCCCCAAACCUUCCAGCUCAACUUUGAGCCUGGCAAUGGACUCUGAGGCAGAGGGCAGCCCCACUGACAGCACCUGUAUGGGGAAGGAGGUCCUGGAUGAGAGGACGAGGAGCAGGAAUGGAUCUCCAGAUACGAGCGCCCUCAGGCAUCGAGGGAAACAGCUCAAACAUUUCCAGAUCACUGAGGAAACAGCCAGGAUCAUCUCUAAGUUUAAAGCUGAUGAAGUUUCGGCAUCUCCAGAGCUUUCUUUGGGUGAGAAAGUGGUGAAAUUCAGCCCGGAAAUAAUCCCAGAGAAAAUCCUAUAAGGAUAACAGCUGGAAGCAGAGGAGAGGGCUGCAGUCCUCUGAAGAAAGGGAUAAGUAAAGAGAUGUGGGGUGAGAACAGCAUCCCACCUCUGUACGUGCAGCGCGGGGCGGAGAUGAAAGCAUUUGAUUGGGUUGAACUGGUAGACUUUGAGUCAGCCCAGGGUUUGUUCAUUGGAUGGAAAACCCAACUCAAACCCAACGUCUGCUCAUUCAAUGGUCCCUGGUUGCACAACAGGGGCUGAAGGAAACACAGAUGGAAUGUGGGGAUCACAGAGGUUGGAAAAGACCUCUGAGGUCAUCCAGGUUGAUCGUUUUGCUCUGGAUGUUGAUGGAGUUUCCACUGGUUCAUCAGCAUGAAAGGGGAAAUACACUGUCAGAUCAAGCUGCCAAGCAGCUCCCACUUCUCCCAACGAUUUGGCUCCGUUGCCCUUAAAUCUUCAACCUCUGCACGACUCGUGAUGCCGGCAUUGACCAGCAUUGACACCAAAGGGAGGAGCCCAUGGUGGAUGAGAGGGUUCUCUCCACCCUAUGACACCCUACACAAGAAGGGCACCCAAAUCGCUGGGUCUCCAUCCCACCUGCAUUGGGAUCGCCCCAAUUUCUGCCUUCCUGAGGCAGAUUUGCUGCAGAAAAGUAGGAACUCGGUCCUAUAGUGCCAUCUCGUGACACACAAGUGCAUGCAGGAGAGUUCCUGGGGAUAACUGUGCUCUAUGGGAUGGUGUUAUAGCCAAAAAGAAGAGGAAAUCAGCAUGAAAUUUGGGCAUUAAAGUGCUGCACGGGGGAUGUUGGCGCUGAUUUCAACCCCACUGCAAAGACAUGAGAAGAGUGGAGAUGUCAACCCAAAGGGAAACCUUCCAUGUUACCAACCCAAAGGGAAACCUUCCAUGUUACCAAUCCAAAAGGAAUCCUUCCACCUUCCCAAUCCAAAGGGAAACCUUUGGAUCUCUCAACCCAAAGAGGAUCCUUCCACAUUCACAGCCCAAAGGGAAACCUUCCACGUUACCAACCCAAAGGGAAUCCUUCCACCUUACCAACCCAAAGGGAAACCUUUGGAUCUUCCAACCCAAAGGGAAACCUUCCAUGUUCCCAACCCAAAGGGAAACCUUCCAUGUUACCAACCCAAAGGGAAACCUUUGGAUCUCUCAGCCCAAAGAGGAUCCUUCCACAUUCCCAACCCAAAGGGAAACCUUCCAUUACCAACCCAAAGGGAAACCUUCCAUGUUCCCAACCCAAAGGGAAUCCUUCCAUGUUGCCAACCCAAAGGGAAACCUUUGGCUCUCCCAGCCCAAAGGGAAUCCUUCCACAUUCCCAAUCCAAAGGGAAUCCUUCCAUGUUGCCAACCCAAAGGGAAACCUUCCAUGUUCCCAACCCAAAGGGAAUCCUUCCAUGUUCGCAACCCAAAGGGAAACCUUUGGAUCUCCCAACCUAAAGGGAAACCUUUGCCUCUCUCAACCCAAAGGGAAACCUUCCAUGUUGCCAACCCAAAGGGAAACCUUUGGCUCUCCCAGUCCAAAGGGGAUCCUUCCACUUUCCCAACCCAAAGGGAAACAUUUCUGCUCUACCAACCCAAGAGGGAAACCUUUCUACUCUCCCAACCAGACGAAGAGGUUCAACAACCCGACUCCUCUCCCAUCUCAGGCACCAUUUCAGCCCUUUUCCUUAACAAAGCUGUAAAAACGCUGAUGAUCUCUUGGUUUUGUUUGUACAGUUCAGGUUAUCAGAGCUCGCAUCUCUGGAGCAAUGUACAUUUGUGAAUGUAUCGCUUUGAAUGCUAAGUUAUCAUCGACCGCAGAGCUUCUGUAAUAAAUCACCGGGUGUUUUAUUA